GGGAAAAGCCCAGGCAGGAGCACUAGGUAUUUAUUACUCCGCACAGGCUGCCACAUCGAAGCCAUCGGAUCACGCAUCCUUCAAAAACCACCUUAUUCUGCCAUUUCCGAAUUCCACUUCUCCCUCCGGAUUCAGAUUCACUCGGGAUUGAUUCGUUACGGAGCAAGCACCCAAAAGCCUGCUUCGUUGAAUGCUGUGACUGGGUCACUAUUGAUAUCUUUCGAAGAUUCGAAGAUGGGCCAAACAAUGAGUGCUGACGCUGCUCCUGCUGCUGCUGUCAAAGAUGAAACUACCAAGUCAAACUCCACUUCCUUGGAAACUGCCAUUGCGGAUGCUGUAGCUUAUGGAAAUGAAGGGACAGAGUCUGUUGAGGUAAAAGCUAAGAAAGCUUUGGAAUGCCCUUGCAUAGCUGACUUACGAAGUGGUCCAUGUGGAAACCAGUUUUCAGAGGCGUUCCUUUGUUUUCUCAAGAGCACUGCUGAGGAGAAGGGAUCAGACUGUGUACAUCCAUUUGUUGCUCUCCAGAACUGCAUCAAAGCCAAUCCAAAUGCUUUCCCCGAAGACAUUCUAAACGAAGGUGAAGUUGAAGAGACGGAACCAGCCCAAGAAUACAAGAUAAUCCCUCCCACAUGGUCUAGAGAAUCUCGAAACCCCAAACCCAAGCUUUAAAGGAAGAGUCCAGUUCUUUUGCCAUUCAAACAGCUGUGGACCGAGUUCUUGCCGAAUUUUUUUGGAUCUUGCUUA